CUAAAAUGUUAAAGAAAACUAACCAAUCAUCUUGCAUCUAACAUUCUUACUUAUCUGCCUAUAUAAGCAACAACUCCCAUUUCUUGACUUCUCUAUGUUCCUAACACUUCUCUCAACCUUUAUCUGAUCGCACCAAACCAGUUUUUUCGCAUCGGCUUCUUCCUUUUGCUACUAGCUCUCCUCUCUUCUCCGGUAUUUUUGUCUCUCUUCUUAAUUCACACAGAUUUCAUGAUAAGUGAUGAUCUAUAACAAGACGCUAACUCUUCUCUUGCAUUUCUCGUGUUUUCAUUUUCUUGUUACGCCAAAUUUAUCCCUUCAAAAUCAUUUUUUUAUGCGUAUAGAAUCCAAAUAAUAAGUAAAAGCUGAUUCGUCUUCUUCCACUUAACACAAAAAAUGGCGUUACAAAACAAAGAAGAAGAGAAAAAGAAAGUGAAGAAGUUGCAAAAGAGUUACUUCGAUGUUCUCGGAAUCUGUUGUACAUCGGAAGUUCCUAUAAUCGAGAAUAUUCUCAAGUCACUUGACGGCGUUAAAGAAUAUUCCGUCAUCGUUCCCUCGAGAACCGUGAUUGUUGUUCACGACAGUCUCCUCAUCUCUCCCUUCCAAAUUGCUAAGGCACUAAACGAAGCUAGGUUAGAAGCAAACGUGAGGGUAAACGGAGAAACUAGCUUCAAGAACAAAUGGCCGAGCCCUUUCGCCGUAGUUUCCGGCUUACUUCUCCUCCUAUCCUUCCUAAAGUUUGUCUACUCGCCUUUACGUUGGCUCGCCGUGGCAGCAGUUGCCGCCGGUAUCUAUCCGAUUCUUGCCAAAGCCUUUGCUUCCAUUAAAAGGCCUAGGAUCGACAUCAACAUAUUGGUCAUAAUAACCGUGAUUGCAACACUUGCAAUGCAAGAUUUCAUGGAGGCAGCAGCAGUUGUGUUCCUAUUCACCAUAUCCGACUGGCUCGAAACAAGAGCUAGCUACAAGGCGACCUCGGUAAUGCAGUCUCUGAUGAGCUUAGCUCCACAAAAGGCUAUAAUAGCAGAGACUGGUGAAGAAGUUGAAGUAGAUGAGGUUAAGGUUGAUACAGUUGUAGCAGUUAAAGCUGGUGAAACCAUACCAAUUGAUGGAAUUGUGGUGGAUGGAAACUGUGAGGUAGACGAGAAAACCUUAACGGGCGAAGCAUUUCCUGUGCCUAAACAGAGAGAUUCUACCGUUUGGGCUGGAACCAUUAAUCUAAAUGGUUACAUAUGUGUGAAAACAACUUCUUUAGCGGGUGAUUGUGUGGUUGCGAAAAUGGCUAAGCUAGUAGAAGAAGCUCAGAGCAGUAAAACCAAAUCUCAGAGACUAAUAGACAAAUGUUCUCAGUACUAUACUCCAGCAAUCAUCUUAGUAUCAGCUUGCGUUGCCAUUGUCCCGGUUAUAAUGAAGGUCCACAACCUUAAACAUUGGUUCCACCUAGCAUUAGUUGUGUUAGUCAGUGGUUGUCCCUGUGGUCUUAUCCUCUCUACACCAGUUGCUACUUUCUGUGCACUUACUAAAGCGGCAACUUCAGGGCUUCUGAUCAAAAGUGCUGAUUAUCUUGACACACUCUCAAAGAUCAAGAUUGUUGCUUUCGAUAAAACUGGGACUAUUACAAGAGGAGAGUUCAUUGUCAUAGAUUUCAAGUCACUCUCUAGAGAUAUAAACCUACGCAGCUUGCUUUACUGGGUAUCAAGUGUUGAAAGCAAAUCAAGUCAUCCAAUGGCAGCAACAAUCGUGGAUUAUGCAAAAUCUGUUUCUGUUGAGCCUAGGCCUGAAGAGGUUGAGGAUUACCAGAACUUUCCAGGUGAAGGAAUCUACGGGAAGAUUGAUGGUAACGAUAUCUUCAUUGGGAACAAAAAGAUAGCUUCUCGAGCUGGUUGUUCAACAGUUCCAGAGAUUGAAGUUGAUACCAAAGGCGGGAAGACUGUUGGAUACGUCUAUGUAGGUGAAAGACUAGCUGGAUUUUUCAAUCUUUCUGAUGCUUGUAGAUCUGGUGUUUCUCAAGCAAUGGCAGAACUGAAAUCUCUAGGAAUCAAAACCGCAAUGCUAACGGGAGAUAAUCAAGCCGCGGCAAUGCAUGCUCAAGAACAGCUAGGGAAUGUUUUAGAUGUUGUACAUGGAGAUCUUCUUCCAGAAGAUAAGUCCAGAAUCAUACAAGAGUUUAAGAAAGAGGGACCAACCGCAAUGGUAGGGGACGGUGUGAAUGAUGCACCAGCUUUAGCUACAGCUGAUAUUGGUAUCUCCAUGGGAAUUUCUGGCUCUGCUCUUGCAACACAAACUGGUAAUAUUAUUCUGAUGUCUAAUGAUAUAAGAAGGAUACCACAAGCGGUGAAGCUAGCGAGAAGAGCACGACGCAAAGUUGUUGAAAACGUGUGUCUAUCGAUCAUUUUAAAAGCAGGAAUACUCGCUUUGGCAUUUGCUGGUCAUCCUUUGAUUUGGGCUGCGGUUCUUGUUGAUGUAGGGACUUGUCUGCUUGUGAUUUUCAAUAGUAUGUUGCUGCUGCGAGAGAAGAAAAAGAUUGGGAACAAAAAGUGUUACAGGGCUUCUACAUCUAAGUUGAAUGGUAGGAAACUUGAAGGCGAUGAUGAUUAUGUUGUGGACUUAGAAGCAGGCUUGUUAACAAAGAGCGGGAAUGGUCAAUGCAAAUCAAGCUGUUGUGGAGAUAAGAAAAAUCAAGAGAAUGUUGUGAUGAUGAAACCAAGUAGUAAAACCAGUUCUGAUCAUUCUCACCCUGGUUGUUGUGGCGAUAAGAAGGAAGAAAAAGUGAAGCCGCUUGUGAAAGAUGGCUGUUGCAGUGAGAAAACUAGGAAAUCAGAGGGAGAUAUGGUUUCAUUGAGCUCAUGUAAGAAGUCUAGUCAUGUCAAACAUGACCUGAAAAUGAAAGGUGGUUCAGGUUGUUGUGCUAGCAAAAAUGAGAAAGGGAAGGAAGUAGUGGCAAAGAGCUGUUGUGAGAAACCCAAACAGCAGGUGGAGAGUGUUGGAGACUGCAAGUCUGGUCAUUGCGAGAAGAAGAAGCAAGCUGAAGACAUUGUUGUCCCGGUGCAGAUUAUUGGUCAUGCAUUAACGCAUGUGGAGAUCGAGUUGCAGACAAAGGAAACCUGCAAAACAAGCUGUUGUGACAGUAAAGAAAAGGUUAAGGAGACAGGUUUGCUGCUUUCUAGUGAGAACACACCUUACCUGGAGAAAGGAGUGCUGAUUAAAGAUGAAGGAAACUGCAAGUCUGGCAGCGAGAACAUGGGGACAGUGAAACAAAGCUGCCAUGAGAAGGGCUGCAGCGAUGAAAAACAAACCGGGGAAAUAACUCUUGCUUCGGAGGAAGAGACAGAUGAUCAAGAUUGCUCCUCGGGAUGUUGUGUGAACGAGGGAACAGUGAAACAAAGCUUCGAUGAGAAGAAGCAUUCUGUGUUGGUGGAGAAGGAAGGUUUGGACAUGGAAACUGGUUUCUGUUGUGAUGCCAAGCUGGUUUGUUGUGGAAACACAGAAGGUGAAGUGAAGGAGCAAUGUCGUCUGGAGAUAAAGAAAGAAGAACAUUGCAAGUCUGGUUGCUGCGGCGAGGAAAUACAAACCGGAGAAAUCACUCUGGUUUCAGAGGAAGAGACAGAGAGCACGAAUUGUUCCACGGGUUGUUGUGUGGACAAAGAAGAAGUGACACAAACCUGUCAUGAGAAGCCUGCUAGCUUGGUGGUAUCAGGCUUGGAAGUGAAGAAGGAUGAGCAUUGUGAGAGCUCACACAGAGCCGUCAAGGUAGAGACCUGUUGCAAAGUGAAGAUUCCAGAGGCUUGCGCAUCAAAAUGUAGGGACAGAGCGAAGCGUCACAGUGGUAAAAGCUGUUGCAGGAGUUAUGCAAAAGAGUUAUGCAGCCACCGCCAUCAUCAUCACCACCACCACCACCAUCACCAUGUGAGUGCUUGAUGGAGAUUGAUUGAAUAACUUAAACUCUUGAUGCAUCCAUCUAUUCACAUUACGUUUAGUCUCAUUCCGUGAAUGCCGAAAUAAAAAACAAAAUGUUCCAGCAAAGGCAGUUUAUUAGAUUAAGCAACUGUGUUAUUCAUAAAGACAAUGCUAGUGAUUUUUUUUUAGUACUUUAUGUAUUGCAAUUCCUAAAGUAUUUUGAACUUUGAUCUUAAGAGUCUUAAAAUCAAACAAACCAAGCAGUUGAAACAGACCUUGGAUCAAAGUUAGUGUUACCAAUUACCAUCCAUAAGCUGUCCUUUCGUU